AGCCAACCUUCUUCAACUGCACGAAGAUUGCGAUUUCCUUCAACUCUCAAGAGUCGUCGAGACUCUCUCCUCAGUCCUCUCCCAUUUCUUCUUCUUCUUCCCUCUUCUCUCUAUACAGUAUACACCCUACAAACCCCAAACCAUGGGACUGUCAUGGAGCAGUAGAAGAACGAACAAUACCCAGUAUCCUUCACAGCUCGUUUCUUCUUCUUCUUCUUCGUCUUCUGCUACCACUGCUGCUGCUGCCGCCUCUGCCUCAGAUACUAAUAAUCCUUUUUCUUCAAAUCCAUGUACGCUUUCUUCUUCUUCUUCUUCUUCUUCUCCUCCUCCUCCUCCUUCACAACCACCUAACUAUGUUUUUGCAGCGAACGCGCCAUAUCCUGCACCCUCGUACCCACCCCAGAAUCCUUAUCAUACACUGCCACCACCCCCACCCCCUCCUCAUCAUGUUUCAUACUAUCAGUAUGCGGGAUAUAAUUCCAGCGGAUACAGUGGAUCGUCUAAUUUCUCUCCGUAUUACGGUAAUCGUGUCAAUGGGUGGCAUGGAAUUCGGCCCCCAGGAGUUCCUCUCCAGCCUCCGCCUCCUUAUGUUGACCAUCAGAACGCCAAGAAGAUUAAGAACGAUGUGAAUGUGCAUAAAGAUACGAUAAAGCUUGAGGUCGAUGAGACCAACCCAGAUUGCCAUUUGGUUUCUUUUACUUUCGAUUCUUUGAUUGAUGGAAGUAUCACCAUUUUUUACUUUGCCAAAGAAGGGGCAAACUGCAGUUUCAGUCCAUUAUAUCCUGAAGCCAAUAUGCAUAUAAGAGUCCCGUUUCAGAAAGGACUGCGACAGAAGUUCCACCAGCCUCCAGGAACUGGCAUUGAUCUAGGCUUCUUUGAGUUGGAUGAUCUUGCAAAACCGUCACCUAAAGAAGAUGUUUUCCCACUUGUCAUCUCUGCGGAGGCAUGCUUGCCACAUCAGACUACAGAUGGACAGCCUUUGCCAUUGACUACAUCUCCUAAUGCACAGAUUACUCAAGCUGUCCUAGAGAAGAAUGGGGACCAUUUCAAAGUGAGAGUGAUUAAGCAGAUAUUGUGGGUUGAUGGGGUUCGCUAUGAGUUGCGUGAGCUUUAUGGAGUUGGAAACUCAGAAGAAGCUGGGUUUGAUGGCAAUGAUCCAGGGAAAGAGUGUGUUAUUUGCAUGGCAGAGCCAAAAGAUACAGCAGUUUUACCUUGUCGACAUAUGUGUAUGUGCAGUGAUUGUGCAAAAGAACUGAGGCUUCAAUCUAACAAGUGUCCAAUAUGCCGCCAGCCUAUUGAAGAACUCUUAGAGAUAAAAGUUAAUAAAGGUGAUCAAUGAGAAAUCCUUCUCAUUAAAAUUCUUUGUUUUGAUGGCAUUUCUUUGCUAUUCACAUAUGUAUUUUUUUUUUUUAAUUUGUCUUCCUCUAUAUUACUAGAUCAGUCACCAUAUUUCAAUUUCUUUCUUGCUUCUUUAUCAUGGGAGGUGGGGGCACCUUGCCUACAGAAAGAAUGAUUACUAUAUCCCACUUCCCAAUUUUCAUGGACUGUAACUUUAGUUGUAUAUAUUAUAUUCCAAAAGUGGGGGAAUUUACUACAAAUUUUAUCAUAUACAUUUUCAUUUUUGCCCAUUUUCCAGAAAA